CGCCGUUGCGCAUGCGCGGGGUGGUUAAGGACUGGCCGGCCCGGAGGCCUCGCCCUCCUUUUUGGCGCCGACAUGGGGACGCCCCAGAAGGAUGUAAUAAUCAAAUCCGAUGCUCCGAAUACACUGUUCCUGGAGAAACAUGCUGAUUAUAUCGUGUCAUAUGGAUCGAAGAAAGAUGAUUACGAAUAUUGUAUGUCCGAAUACCUAAGGAUGAGUGGUGUCUACUGGGGAUUGACAGUAAUGGAUCUUAUGGGUCAGCUUCAUCGGAUGAACAAAGAAGAAAUUCUUUCAUUCAUCAAAUCGUGCCAGCACGAGUCUGGAGGAAUAAGUGCUAGCAUUGGUCAUGACCCCCACCUUUUAUAUACACUGAGUGCUGUCCAGAUCCUUACGCUUUACGAUAGUCUUCACGUUAUUGAUGUAGAUAAAGUCGUUGAAUAUGUACAGAGUCUACAGAAGGAAGAUGGUUCAUUUGCUGGUGACAUAUGGGGAGAAAUUGACACACGAUUCUCUUUCUGUGCCGCAGCAACGUUGGCCCUAUUGGGGAAGUUGGACGUUAUUAAUAUGGAAAAGGCUGUAGAAUUUGUGUUGUCCUGCAUGAACUUUGAUGGUGGAUUUGGUUGCAGACCAGGGUCUGAAUCCCACGCUGGACAGAUCUAUUGUUGCACAGGAUUUCUGGCUAUCACUGGCCAGUUGCACCAAGUCAAUUCUGACCUGCUGGGGUGGUGGCUUUGCGAACGUCAGCUGCCAUCGGGAGGGCUCAACGGACGGCCAGAGAAGUUGCCAGAUGUAUGUUAUUCUUGGUGGGUGCUGGCAUCCUUGAAGAUCAUCGGAAGGCUUCACUGGAUUGAUCGAGAGAAACUCUGUUGCUUUAUUUUGGCUUGUCAAGACGAGGAGACGGGGGGCUUUGCAGACAGGCCAGGAGAUAUGGUGGAUCCAUUUCACACAUUGUUUGGAAUUGCUGGCCUAUCACUCCUUGGGGAGGAACAAGUAAAGCCGGUGAAUCCUGUUUUUUGUAUGCCUGAGGAAGUGUUAAGAAGAAUAAACGUUCAGCCCGAACUAGUGAGUUAGACCUGUGAAAUGCAGAAAGCACUGGAACGGCAGUAGCGAUAUUCCCAACGCGUCUCACUCACCGCAUAUGUACUUCAUUUCGAUGUGAUUCCCAUUAAUAGAGCAACAAAAUGAUCACUAUUUAAGUGAAUCUGUUAAUAUUUUGUACAUGAUUUGUCAAGUAGUUUUAAAAAUUGUAUAGUCCUAUUUAUUUAAAUUCUAUCUAUAUAUAAUGUAAAAAGCUAAUAUAUCUUAAUGUGAGCUUUUAGAAGGCUGUUUUUGUCAUGCCAUUAUUUUGAUAGUAACAGUAGCAAUAGCAGAUCAGUAGUUCGCAUCUGACAAGAUCGAUCUUAAAAACACUCGACCCUUCUGGCUUGCGUUAGAAUGAGUCAUUUUCCGAGGAAAAUACUCCAUCUCAUCUAAGGAAUGGGAAAACAUUUCUGUUAUUUUGUGCACUUAAAAUAGCAUUUUAAAAGGUUUGGAAUUAUUUGGAAAAUCAGUAUUGUGUUACAGUUUUUCUAAACGUUUCGUGCUGUUUUUUUCCUGCUCUUCAAACUUCUGUUCGAAUAAAAGUUUACCGAUUUACAAAUGGAAA